UUGAAUUAGUUUGAUAUUAGCAAGCAACAUGAACGGUUGUUAGUAGAUGAUAGCUCGUUAAAUAGAGUCGAGAGUGCACUUUUGUUCAGCGACAAAGAAGGAAGGAAAAAAAUAGUUUGUUAAAUCAAUGGAGUAAUGAUUUAGUUGAUUUUAUUUUUAAUUCAUUACAUUUGUUUUAUACACGAUUUUAUUCUUCGAAUAUUUAGGUUUAAUUACAUUUUGUUGAAAUAUUAACUGCUUACGUUUUGAAAACAAUUUAUAAAUUCUACUUUAUUUAAAUUUAACACGUGUUACCUUUUGACUGCAAAAACAACAACAACCACAAGUAACUAAAACUUGAAUAAAUAUUAUUUUCAUGGCAAAAAAGCCAGAUAAAACAAAACUUCAGACACAACAAUAAAAACUAAUAAAAAAGAACUAAAAAACAAAAGGAAAGAGAAACAUGUGGUUUUUAUAAGUUAAAACCAAGUUUGUGUAAAAGAAAUAAUUUUCUUUUUAUGUGUUAAAUAUAAUAAUACACGCUUUACAAUUUCGGUUUAAUAGGAAAAAGUAAAAACGGUGAAAAUACAAGCGGCCUUUUGAAGUUGAAAACGUCCAUUGAAGUUUUAAACGUAAACGUGUAAUACGAGUCGGUAAUAAUUUCACUCAUAAUUAAACGCUCUCACUCCGUUCGUACGUUCGAUUGUUUUGUGUGAUUGAAAAAAGAGAAAAGCUGAUGUAAUUCCACAACAUAUUUACGACAAACCAACAAACAAACCUCAAAUCGUAAGAAACGCAAAAACGUAGAAGAAGAAGAAGAAGUAAAACAACCCGCCAAAUCAUACAACUUCCUUUUUUGUUUGUUAAAAACACACAUUCAAACACAAACACCAAAUCCAACCAAUCUACCAACCACAUUCUCGCACAUCCAUACACACGUCUUUUUCUUUACCAAAAUUUCUUUCUCUAAUUGGACUUUUUAAAUUUAAAUUAUGGCUCGCAUUCAGGCCGGUGAUAAUUUAGUACCGAGGCAAGUGUUUGAAAUGCCCAGUACUACUGCUGCUGCAGACAACAGUAAAGAUGUGCAAAACUGUGAUAGUUCCAGCCAGGGUUCUGGCGUUAAACUUAAGAAACGUAUUGGCCUUUUAGAUGGUGUAGCCAUUAUAGUUGGUGUUAUUGUUGGUGCGGGUAUUUUUGUCAGUCCCAAAGGUGUUUUAAAAUAUUCCGGCUCAAUUGGUCAAUCGCUUAUAGUAUGGGUUCUCUGCGGCAUACUAAGUAUGGUGGGAGCAUUAUGUUACGCUGAAUUGGGUACCAUGAUACCCAAAUCUGGUGGGGAUUAUGCAUAUAUAGGAACAGCAUUUGGUCCACUGCCAGCCUUUUUAUAUCUUUGGGUAGCCUUAUUAAUAUUAGUACCUACUGGUAAUGCAAUUACAGCAUUGACAUUUGCUCAAUAUCUUUUACAACCAUUUUGGCCAUCCUGUGAGGCGCCUGCCGAAGCAAUACAGCUGCUGGCGGCUGUUAUAACAUGUAUUCUGACCGUUAUUAAUUGCUACAAUGUUAAAUGGGUGACAAGAGUUACCGAUAUUUUCACUGGCACCAAGGUAUUUGCUUUAUUGGUGAUUGUAGCGGCUGGAGCUUGGUAUUUAUUUGCGGGUAAUACCGAGAACUGGAAUGAACCUAUGAAGGGGACACUCACACAACCCGGCUUAAUAGCUUUGGCUUUUUAUAAUGGUCUAUUUUCGUACUCCGGUUGGAAUUAUUUGAAUUUCGUAACAGAAGAACUAAAGGAUCCUUAUAAGAAUUUACCAAAAGCCAUUUGUAUAUCCAUGCCUGUUGUUACCAUCAUUUAUGUAGUGGCUAACAUUGCCUAUUUCUCUGUGCUAACUCCUGAAGAAAUGUUGUCCUCCAAUGCCGUGGCGGUUACAUUUGGCGAUAGAAUGUUGGGUUUUAUGGCCUGGUUGAUGCCAUUCUUUGUGGCCUGUUCAACUUUUGGUUCAUUGAAUGGUGCAAUUUUUGCCUCAUCACGUCUGUUCUUUGUUGGUGCUCGCAAUGGUCAUUUACCCGCAGCUAUUUCCUUGAUCAAUGUCAAUUGUUUAACACCUGUGCCUUCACUUAUAUUUCUGUGUGUUCUAACCUUAAUUCUAUUGUUCAUAAAAGACGUUUAUGCUCUCAUCAACUAUGUAAGCUAUGUGGAAGCUCUAUUCACUUUAAUUUCUGUUUCCGGUUUAUUGUGGCUACGUUACAAACAACCCAAAACCGAAAGACCCAUACGUGUCAAUCUAGCUUUACCGAUUGUCUUCUUAAUCAUCUGCCUCUUCCUUGUGAUCUCAUCGUUCUUCCAAUCACCACUUGAAGUAGGUAUCGGCACUGCUAUUAUUUUAUCUGGCAUUCCUGUCUACUACAUGACAAUACAUCGACCGGUUGAAUGGCUCACGAAUAUGUCACAAGCCAUUAAUAUGUGGUGUUCAAAAUUCUUUAUUUGUAUGCCAAAUCAAGAAAAAUUUGAUUAAGUUUAUUUUUUGUAAUGCUUUAGAGAUUAAAUUAUUAUUAGUAAUGAAAACAUAAAAGACUAAUUCAAAUUAAUAUACAGCAUUCUAGAUUGUGUUGUAUGUUUAAAAUGUUGAAAUGUAUACAUUUAUGUACAAUGUAUUCGAUACGUAGUUAUUUACUGUAAAAUACAUAAUGAUACUGAAGAGAAAUUAUUAGAAAUUGCGUGCCUUUUGCCUCGCAACAAAAAAAAAAAAAAAACAAACAAAUCAUUUUUCAUACAGACAGUGUUGGGUAAAAGAAAUUGCAAAUUAAAUUAUUAAAAUAACAAAAUUUUAAAACUAAGUCAAUUCUAUUGCAAUCAAUAAUGGUACAAUUAUAUUUGUUUACAUAAAUUUUUUCCAAAUAUACUCAUUUUGUUGUAAUAAAUCUUCCUUAAAAGAUCACCUUUGCUUUUGUUUUACACAACACUGUAAAAAUGUAUGAGCACAUGUCGUAUAUCAUAGAAAAUAAGAUUUAAUUAUUUGGUUUAUACGAAAAUAUUCUAGUAUGAGUUCAUUACAUAUUAUUUUAAAUAUUUUGUAAUUAUUCUUGCAUUACAAUUUGUUAUUGUUUUUCUUUUUUUGGAAAACUUUAAACUUAUGUUGCACAAAAAGACAUUUUUUUUUAUUGUAGAUUAAAAUUUAUACUAAAAAACUAUAAUUUAUGUAUAGUGGCUAGCAAAAGUGUAAUAUGUUUUAUACUUUAUAGGAAUAAUAAAAAAUAUCGCAAAAGAAAAUGCAAAAAUAUAUGCAGUUUUUUGCUCGUCACUUUACUAAAUGCCUUUAUAUCUAUUUGCAUAUUAUUAAAUAUUUGUACUAAAAAUUAUGUAAUUUAUUUUUAAUACUUAAGCAUAAGUACAUACAUAUAUUAUGUAAAAUUCUAUUAAAAAUAAUAUGUAUUCUAAAAGAAUUAAGUUGUACAACUCGAAAUAAAAUUUAUUUGAAGGAAUUAUACACAUAUUUCUACAUCAAAUGAAAAAAA